GAUUAGGUUUGGGGGCGAAACGUCCUGUUUGCAAUCCGGAACACUUCGCUCGUUAUCCAUAUCCGAAGAUUGACGGAAGGGACCAAAAAGUUGCGAUUGCUUUAGUAGGAAGUGAAGUGAAAGUUGUCUUGACAUAGGAAAUACGGAAGAAGAAUAAACUUUGUGAACGUAACAAGAUAACAGUGUCAAAUUUGUGGUAACGGGUGGAUUAAUAUUUAUUUGAGGUUAGUGAGAGAUGGGUACCUCAGACAGGCUUCUUGUCUAUAUAGCGUUUUGUUGCAGUCUUACUCUGGUACAAACUGCAACUGUAAGUGCUUCAACUAUUGCUUCUACACAAGUUACUUCUUCUACAAACCAAUCAACAGCAACAUCACAGGUGUCAAAUUCAACAGUUGCUCCAUCUACCACACCAGCACCAGCAUCUACACCAUCAACAACAACAAUAACAACAACAACAGCAGCAGCAGCAACAGCAACAACAGCAGGAUCAACAUCAGCACAAACCACACAGCAGGCUGCAAAUUCAACAUCAAGUUCUACUACAAAAUCAACUCCUAAAUCACCAAAUUCAUCUACAUCAUUAGCUUCUUCUACUAUUUCUACAACUGCUAUACCUACAACUGCUGCAUCUUUGACAACAUCUGUCACUGAAACAACCACCACAACAGAGACACCGUCACUCGGUGGUAACUGUACUGGCAAGCCAACAGACUGUAGUAACAACAAUAUAAACGGAGCUGCCGUAUGUUUAAAUGGUACAUGUCAGUGUCAAGCAGGUCAUUUUCAAUCAGAUCAGUCCACUUGCAUACAAGAAAGUUCUUUGGAUCCAGUCAGUAUUGUAAUCUCAAAUAUCAAAUCUACAAGCCUGCAGGUGUCAUGGACACAUGAUGUCAGUGUGAAAAAUCUUACACUGGAAUAUAAUGUCACAGCAAGUAUAACUGAUGCUAAUGCAAACCCAUUUCAUGUCAACUGCCAGCAACAAGUUGACCGGAAUUAUUUGUGUAGUCAGCUUACACCUGGCUAUAUGUAUGAGGUUGAGAUAACAGUGACUUUUAAUGAUACACAUUCCAGAACUGGUUCCAAAAAUGAAUCAUUAUAUCCCAGUAAACCAGGGCAGUUAAACAAAGCAGCUUCAAAUUUGACUUAUACUGAUGUCACUUUGAUAUGGGACAGAUCAGAGGGACGUGUAGAUUAUUACUAUGUGCAAGUGUUUAAAAAUGAAAGUGGGAAAAGUGUGUUUAACGACACUUCUACUGACACCACCGUACAUGUACCAGCUCUCCCUCCGAUAACUGAUUAUUACAUCACAAUCAUAGCAAACAGUUAUGGCAAGCCAAGUGGUAUAAGGACUGACACGUUCUCUACUCUUUAUAGCGCACCAGAUCCUGUGACUAAUGUGACAGUUAUGGUAUUGAAUGAAACAGCAGUAAAUGUAUCCUGGAUAGUGUCCAAGGAAAAUCCACCCACAUCCCUGUAUGAAGUGACUACAAACAACUUAGUGGACUCCACUGCCUCUAGCCAGUCAUGUCUAGUCGAAGGAAUUAACAUAACUUAUUGUAUAGUGACUGGGCUGGAAGAAUACUGGAGAUACAGUUUUAAUGUUCUUGUGUCAGCACUGAAUACAACCAGUAGCCAAACAGAGUCUGACAACAUCACCACGUUGGAGGCAGAGCCUGGCAGGAUAACUAAUGCACGUUUUGAGUUGUUCAACUCUCCUUCCGACUGUGAUGCCAGAAAGGUCAAAGUUAUAUGGGUGGAGCCGGCUCUUUAUGACAGAAAUUCGAAAAUUGUUAAAUAUAGCUUUGAUAUUACGACAAUGAAUUUACAAUCAACAGAAUUUACAGUUCCUGAUCCAGAUCCAUAUAGUACGGAUAAUAGAAAGUUUGAAAAAGAGAUAACAGAGUUAAAAUCUGAGUCAACAUAUAACACAACGAUUUAUGCAAUAAGCAGUAAUGAUCAUUUAGGGCAACAAUAUACUUUGAUCAUAAGAACGGAUGUCUGUGCACCCCCAGACUGGUCUGACUCAGACUUGGAUGCAGUAAUGAUGCAAAGUUCCUCAACAUCUUCUGUUACCAUUCAGUUACCAAAUGCGUUCUUUAGCAAAACUGAGCAAGGAAGAUUGCAAGAAAUAGGAUUUAUUGUUUUACCUAGGGAAAGCAAAUAUUUUGAUGGUUUUCCACCCAUUAACCUUGAAAACAUCAAUGAUUGGCACAAUUCCAAGAAUAAUGAGUUUACAAAAGAAUUCAGAGUAGAAGUUACUACAGGGGACAUCAAGGAUGGGAUGUUUAAGAUUGGUUCUGAAGAUUGUACAUCAAACUAUUGUAAUGGUCCACUUCCAGAACAAUUCUCAUUCAAAGUUGCAGCAUAUGCUUGCACAAGAAAAAACUUUGUGUAGAGUAGCUAGACCAAU